AUGCUGCAGGUUUUGGGGCAUGGAAGGCUCCGAAUCAGCGAGAGAAGUUCUUCCAACGAGGCUCAGAUUUCUGACCAGCUUCGACAAGACCUUGCAGAGGCUUUCGAACUAGGUGGGAUGAUUUGCAUCUUGGCACCGCGCCUAGCAGGCAUACGUGGCACCCAGGUCAACUACACUCGCUUGGGGGGUGGCCACUGGAGCCCGAUAGGAGGUUGGAGCGAUGGCCAUGUCCUCAUCCUGGACACCAACGACACGCGACUACCCCCCCACUGGGUCAAGCUUGAAACGUUGACAAAGUCAAUGUGCAGCCUCAACCGAGCAACGGGGAAACCACGCGGGUACUUACUUCUGCGCAGAGGGGAGGUGUGCGGUGUGUGCAGCAGUGUUGACAGCGUUUCUGAUAUUCCGACAUGUCCGAGGCUGACAGCGCGUGAGCCCGCCCGAAACUCCUUGCCAGGCAAGCCACCCUGUACAGGCGCUUGCAAGAAAGCUGUGCAAAAAGGCUAG